AUCUCAAUGUCAAAACAUGGAUCAAACCUAGAUUUACCAGGACUUUCUACUGAUAAAUCAGCUCAUUCAAAUGUAAACAUGACAGACAAUGAUCAGUCUAUGCCAUCAGCAACACAUGAGAAUAUAGUUCAAUCUUUUGUAGAUCAUCCUUUUCUUUACAAUCUCGAUCAGUUUACACCUGAAAGCCCUUUUUAUUUAAUCCAAAAGUCAUCUCACUCAGAUUCAAACAGCAAUCAUGGUUCAACAAGUACUUUGACUCAGUCGAUAGCUAACACUAUGGAAUCAUUUCAAUCAGCCAUUACUUCCAGUGUUGGAGAACAGCCUCCUUCUUUUUGGACAGGCUUAAAUAACUUUAUCUCCAAUGUAACGCAUAACAAUUUAUUUCCUACUAUUCCUACUAUUCCUAAUAUUGCUAAAAGUUUCUCUGAAUACUUGGCCAACCACCCUGUCCCUUUUUUGAGUUCAUUUAACACAACAGCACCUGCUUCAUCUCUAUCUUCGUCCUCUCUUCAUUUUGACCCAAUGAUUCAACUUAAAGAUGUAUUGGAACAUGUUAGCACAGGACUACAGAUCAGAGUAUUGGGUGUACCUCAAACAGGUGCUAAAUCAAGAGUGGAGACACAAAUCAAAUUAUGUAUUCAAUUAGUUACAGAUAAUGGUAACAAAGCACAAUGGUGGUCUCAUCUAAAGUUACCCGAACAUAUGGUGACAAAAGAAAGAUCAAAGAAAAGCAUGGCUACUGAUUUGCCAUUGAAUCCUGAAAAAACACUUUACCUAAGAGCAAAAGUAUUUUGCGCGAGUGAUCCCUCUAAAAAAGUAACAACAUGUACUCCCUGUAUGCAGAGAGAGCGCAAAAGAUCACAGCGUAGAAAAGAAAAGAGUAAGCCUGAAAAUGAUACACCAGAAGAAGACGAAAGAGAUGGAGAAGAGAGGAUUUUGUUGUUCAAUUGUUCAGAUCUAGUGGAUUUUAGUGCAGCCGAUACUAUUUUACCUACUCGAAUUACUUGUUAUUGUAGGCACCACAAUGAAAAGCUUGGCUUUAGUAUUUAUUUCGAGAUGCUGGAUCAUACGGGUAAAAAAGUAGCAGAGGGCAUUUCACCGCCUAUUAUGAUCACUGAUGACCAUAAAUCAAACAAAACAAAAGCUGGAUUGAAGCGACGUCGAAUAGAAGAACAAGAAGAAACAGGAUCUCCAGAACCCAAGAUUCCAACAUUGGAUUGGAUCAAAUCUUCUUUGCCUUUCAAUUCAGUCAAAACAGAGGAAGGUCAAUUCUCAGAUACAAAACCUGCUUUCAAAUCUACUCAAUUCGCUCAAGAACAACAGUUUCUUUGCUCUCUCAACAACACAGAGUCUACAUUGCCUUCUAUGAAGCGUCUAAUACCUACAGAAGCACCCACAAGUGGCGGUAUUGAAAUUACCAUCUUGGGCAUUAAUUUUCGACCUGGUCUGACUGUUAUGUUUGGCGAUAAACCUGCAACUAAUAUUCAAUAUUGGUCCCCUACGACACUUAUAUGUACACUUCCUGCAGCAACACAACCUGGUGCUGUUGUAGUUUCUUUUAAAGAAGCACCGCUUGCCACAAACAAACAGAAUGUGAUGGUAUUUACUUAUCUAACAGAGUCGGAUCGUGCUCUUCUGGAACUUGCAUUACAGGUUGUUGGCAUGAAAAUGACAGGUAUUGUGGAAGAUGCCCGCAAAAUUGCUAUGCGUAUUGUCCAAGGCAAUCACACUGAAAGCAAUAGUCUUUCGAAACUGUUUGUAAAGUCAGAUUAAUAUGUAAACAUCUCUGUUUAAGGCGUUAUAAAAAAAAGACAGUGCACAUGAUAUGUAGUACAAUAAAUGAUGAUGUUUUGUUUAUUUACAUAGUUUCAUAUCAUAUUUAGCAUACAAAUAAAGGUAAUAAAUGAGAGGCAAUAAUAGACAGGUAGAUAUAUAUAUAUAUAUAUAUAUAUAUAUAAGGAAAGGAAAGUAAUCAUUGGACUGCAUUCAUAGCGAAUGCAAGUGCUUUUAGGCAUUUUAAUGCCUUGUCUAUGUACACAUAGUCUC